AUGACGAAGGGUACCUCCAGUUUCGGAAAGCGCCACAACAAGACGCACACGCUCUGCAGGCGUUGCGGUCGCCGAUCCCUUCACAUCCAGAAGCACACCUGCGCCUCAUGCGGCUACCCUGCUGCUAAGACCCGCAAGUUCAACUGGGGCGAGAAGGCCAAGCGAAGGAAGACCACCGGUACCGGCCGCAUGCGAUACCUCAAGACCGUCAACCGCAAGUUCAGCAACGGAUUCCAAACCGGUACCCCCAAAGGCGCCAAGGGCCCCACCGUCAACUCCUCGUAA